UGGCCAUGUUGGGCCGCUGAAGCCUCCCGUCGCUCGGCGAGGCCCGGCGGCGGCCCAGGAGCCCCCGGAAGGCGCCCCCUCCCCGCGGCGGGACAAUGGAGAAGGCGGAGAACGAGGCGGAGAGCCGCCAGGGCCCCGACUCGGAGCGGGGCGGGGAGGCGGCCCGCCUCAACCUGUUGGACACUUGCGCCGUCUGCCGCCAGAACAUCCAGAGCCGGGCGCCCAAGCUGCUGCCCUGCCUGCACUCCUUCUGCCAGCGCUGCCUGCCCGCCCCGCAGCGCUACCUCAUGCUGCCCGCGCCGCUGCUCGCCGCCCCGCCGCCGCCCCCCGCCGCCGCCUCCUCCUCCUCCUCCGCGCCGCCCUACGGCGCCCAAGUUGGCGUUAUUCGCUGUCCCGUUUGCAGCCAAGAAUGUGCCGAGAGACACAUUAUAGAUAACUUUUUUGUGAGGGACACCACGGAAGUUCCCAGCAGUACAGUGGAAAAAUCCAAUCAGGUGUGCACAAGCUGUGAAGACAAUGCAGAAGCCAACGGGUUCUGCGUGGAGUGUGUGGAGUGGCUCUGCAAAACCUGCAUCAGGGCCCAUCAGAGAGUCAAAUUCACAAAGGACCACACUGUCAGGCAGAAAGAAGAAGUGUCCCCAGAAGCCGUUGGCGUGACCAGUCAGCGCCCUGUCUUUUGCCCGUAUCACAAGAAGGAGCAGCUGAAGCUCUACUGCGAGACCUGUGACAAGCUGACGUGCCGGGAUUGCCAGUUGCUAGAGCACAAAGAGCAUAGGUAUCAAUUCAUUGAAGAAGCUUUUCAGAACCAGAAAGUCAUCAUUGACACACUGAUCACAAAGCUGAUGGAAAAAAACAAGUACAUCAAAUUCACAGGGAAUCAGAUCCAAAACAGAAUAAUUGAAGUCAAUCAAAAUCAAAAACAAGUGGAGCAGGAUAUUAAAGUUGCUAUAUUUACCUUGAUGGUAGAGAUCAACAAAAAAGGAAAAGCUCUGCUACAUCAACUGGAGAGCCUGGCCAAGGAUCAUCGGAUGAAACUGCUGCAGCAGCAGCAGGAAGUAGCCGGACUUUCUAAACAGCUGGAGCACGUCAUGCAUUUUUCCAAAUGGGCGGUGUCGAGCAGCAGCAGCACGGCGUUACUGUACAGCAAGCGCCUGAUCACCUAUCGGCUGCGAUACCUCCUGCGGGCCAGGUGCGAUGCUUCGCCGGCGACCAACACCACCAUCCAGUUUCACUGUGAUCCCAGCUUCUGGGCCCAAAACAUUUUCAACCUCGGCUCCCUGGUCAUCGAAGAUAAGGAAAGCCAGCCCCAUCUCCCGAAGCAGACACCGGCGGUGGAGCCGAGCGCCCAGCCCCCGGGCGGCUUCGCUCCCAACCAGCUGUCCAAGUUCCCCACCCAGAUCAGCCUCGCCCAGUUACGCCUCCAGCACAUGCAGCAGCAAGUUAUGGCGCAGAGGCAGCAGGUGCAGCGGAGGAGCGGGCCCGGGCCCGGGCCGUUACCGAGCCCCAGGGCGCAGGGCGCCGUCCAGCAGCCCGCCGGCUCCCAUCAGCAGCCCCCUCCUCGUUUGAUAAACUUUCAGAACCACAACCCUAAGCCGAACGGUCCAGCUCUUCCUCCUCAUCCUUCGCAACUGAGAUUUCCUCAAAACCAGAACCUGCCGCGUCCGCCCGUAAAACCCAACCCGCUGCAGAUGGCGUUUUUGGCCCAGCAAGCCAUAAAACAGUGGCAGAUCAGCAGCGGCCAAGCAGCCGCUGCCCCGUCGACCGCCAGCAGCACCACCUCCACACCUUCCAGCCCAACCAUCACCAGUGCCGCCGGUUUGGAUGGGAAGACGUUCGGUCUCCCCAUGAUCGAUCUGAAUUCCCCCAUGGGAAGCACCUAUACCCUUCCGUCUCUUCCCGACAUUGACUGUUCAAGCACUAUUAUCCUGGACCCCGUUUUGAGGAAAGAUGGCAGCGUGGAGCAUAACCAACCGAGACCCCCUUCAAACAGGACGGUGCAGUCGCCAAAUUCAUCUGUUCCAUCUCCGGGCCUCUCAGGACCGGUAACGAUGACUAGCGUCCACCCCCCGAUUCGCUCCCCGAGUGCCUCCAGCGUUGGGAGCAGAGGGAGCUCCGGGUCCUCCAGCAAGCCGACAGGAGCCGACUCUACCCACAAAGUUCCCGUCGUCAUGCUGGAGCCGAUCCGGAUCAAACAAGAGAACAGCGGGCCUCACGAAAACUACGAUUUUCCCAUCGUUGUCGUGAAGCAGGAAACGGAGGAAGAACCUAGACCCAAUACCAACUUCUCAAGAAGUAUCCUCACCUCCCUUCUCCUGGAUAGCAGUCACAGCUCCACCCCGGAGGACGGGGCCCUCAGAACGGACGCCCCAGAUAGCACCGGGGACCGGCCCGGCCCCCGCCAGGCCGGGGCGGCGGCCAACGGGAAGGCCCCCUGGAUCGGGGCUAUCCAGAAGUCACCGCUCCACGGCGGGGAGAGCCGGAAGGAGGAGGAUCCCAAUGAGGACUGGUGUGCCGUGUGUCAGAACGGCGGGGAACUGCUGUGCUGCGAGAAGUGCCCCAAGGUGUUCCAUCUCUCCUGCCACGUGCCGACGCUCAUGAACUUCCCCAGUGGAGAGUGGAUUUGCACCUUCUGUCGGGACUUAUCCAAGCCAGAAGUGGAAUACGACUGCGAUGAUCCCAGUCAGAAUUCAGAGAAAAGGAAGAUGGAAGGUCACGAGGGAUUGAUGCCAAUCGAUCGAAGGAAGUGUGAACGGCUGCUCCUGUUCCUUUACUGUCAUGAGAUGAGCUUGGCUUUCCAAGAUCCAGUUCCUCCCACGGUGCCCGAUUACUACAAGAUCAUUAAGAGACCCAUGGACCUGUCAACCAUCAAGAAGAGACUCCAGGUGAAUUCCCCGAUGUACACCAGGCCGGAAGACUUUGUGGCCGAUUUCCAGCUGAUCUUCCAAAACUGUGCCGAGUUCAAUGAGCCCGACUCGGAAGUGGCCAGCGCCGGCAUCAAACUCGAAAGCUAUUUCGAAGAGCUCCUGCGAAACCUCUACCCCGAGAAGAAGUUCCCCAAGCCGGAAGUCAAGAACGAAGCGGAAGAGACCAAACGGAGCGACGAUUCGGACGACGACGUCGUGCAGCCCCGGAAGAAACGUCUCAAGAGCCUCGACGAGCGGCUCCUGCUCAAGUGAGCGGCCGCGGACAACGUCACCGGCGGGGGCUCGGAGAGCCCGGCCCGCCGAGGGGGAGGAGCCCCCGUAAUUGGGACCCGGAGGUUUGUGGGUGUUCUACUCCUUUCUCAUCCCUUCUUCCCCUCCCUGCCCCUCAACACCGACGGGAAGGAAGCAUCCCCCCACCCCAACAUCUUGGGAGAAAAAGCCUGGAUCUUUUCGACAGCCAGGAGAUUAGAAAAACUCUGUCUCGGCUCCGAGCCGAACGGCUUCUGCCGUCUCCACGUGGGGGUAGGUCCCCGGAAAGGAAGCGUGAAGCUGCCGUCCUUUCGUCUUAAACGGAGGCCUGCGGCCGGUCCCGUGAAAUUGGCCCCGCUGCCUGGGAUGCCGCGUCGUGGUGAAAACACGUGACCCGUCUUUGGCCUCCGGACCCCGGCGGGGGCUUCGGAACGGAGCCCCCCUCCGAGGAAGGAGCCGACGUGACCGACGUCCUCCGAGGUGGGCCGUGUGUUCAGAAUAAAGGCAGGAUGUCGGGGGUUGUUUUAUGGGUUUUUCAGGCAGGGUGGUUGACUUGCCGACUGCAGGAAGCACCGAACUUUUGGGCGGAGGGGCGGGGCGGCCCACCUCACCCGGUCUGGCUGCCGGCCAAGCCACCAGAAGCCCAUUCACUGGCUGAUCCCCGCCCCGCCGGCCCCGCUCCGCUCCCCGGCGGGCCCCCGCCAGACCGCAGUAAACAGGAGGCUGAGUUUCUGGGGUCAUCACGAUGGAGGGAAGCGUGUCGCGGUCCAGCAGUCGAACUCUUUCCGAACGAGACCCGGACGGGGCCCCAGCGACCAACGGGCUCCCAGCCUCUGGAGGGGCCGGGCUCCCCGUCCGCCCGCGGAGACGUGGCGCUCGCCGGCCGAGACUUCCCCGGCCCGAGCGGCGAACCCACAACGCCCCACUCCCCGAGGCCGGCCUGGGGCUCCUUAGGCCAGGGGUGACAGCUUGGGCCCCGUGAACUCGGGGCCCGAGGCUGAACGCCACAGACUACUCACUUUUCCCAUUCGCCGCAAUCUUAAAAGCACUGGAACGUGAAAAUUAUUUAAUUUUGCCAGCUAAGUGUUUUCUAAAGAGUCGUCGCUGCUUCCUGGCAGGAGGCGGGGCGUUUCGGCAGGACCCCGAAGAGUGAACUCUGUCUUGAACUGUCAGCUGCCAAGGAAAAAAAGCAUUAACUGUCCCUUAGGAUCCUCCUAAUUUUGACCUGACUGCAGAAAAAGUUGUUUUUCUUUUCUCUUUCUCUUCUUAGGUGCUACUGGAGAAAAUAGGUCCUGACCUAGCUCUUAGCCAUAGUGUGCUAAUGUCAGUUUCUACAGGAGUGGUGACUAGUUGUAAUAUCACCUCCCCCGGUCACUGAGGUGUUUCAGAAUAUGAUGUUGUCCCCCGGGGUCGAGGGGUGGAAAUCACUUGGGCUCCACUUCCACCUCGGGGGUGGGAUGGCCUUCUUGGAUCCAUCAGCUCUCGCAGACUGAGGCGAGGGGAGGGUUGUGAAGAGGAGCCGGGGGUGCGGGUGUAGAGCUCCCCGACAUUCCUGAUGGUGCCGGUCCCCAUUUCUAGCGUUAUCGGACUGGAACUCCACCCGGCUCCUGCCUAAAAUGUCCGUCUUCCCCCCUCCUCCUCUUCCAAGAGUGCUCCGGGGAGAGGAUCACUGGUCUCUGGUCCGCCCCGGCUACGAGUCGGGGACGUCCUCUCGGGCGGCGCUUAGAGGUCGAUGCUUAGCGGCCGGCCCGACUGCUCAUCCCUUUCCACCAGUCUCGCCCCUGGGGUUCUUCGUCAGGCUGCCUCCCCGUCCCCUCCGUCUUGACGCGAAGCCACACAGCACCCGUGACGGUUGAGGAAAGGAGGGAAGAAACUAAAGGAAAGGGGUGUCUGAGGUGGGAGGAAUCCAUUUUCCCCGGUCGGGAUUGGGCCUGGAUAGAAGCGCCCUGGGAUUUGAUGUCGGGCAGGGGAAGGUUAGGCCCGGCCUCUGCUCUCCCCAGGAUGGCCCGGGGUUCAAGGUCUUCCGCAGCCAAGAUCUACUCCCGUCGGCUCGCCGGAGCUUCCGGCCCCUUCUUUCCACUACCCACCGUGUCUGACCUGAUUGUUUUUCACCUGCCCCUUACAAGGGUCGAUUUAACUUACGAGGUUGGAAAAGAUAAAGCCAUCCCCCGGACAGCUCCCAGCCGGCUCGAGCCCCAGGUUCCUCCCUGCAGACCGGCUUCUUCAGGCCUGUGGAGAGAAAUGGGGGUGGGCGUGGGGAGACCCGGGCUGUCCCCAUCUCCCUCCCUCCCUCAGGUGGAUGCGAGAGACGGGUCCUGGGCCCGGCUGGCUGGAGGGCAUCCCGGUCACAUGGGCUCCGACCUCAGUCACGCCGAACUUCCCCCUCUCUGGUCCCUUUCAGCCGGCGGCCCGGCGCCGCCACAAUUUCAGGCCCUGGUCCUCGCUCUCCGUCACCGACGGAAACACCUCCUUGGGGUGUCCGCUGCCCUCGGGGGCGGAUGGGCUGUCCUCGCCUCUUCCCUAGACCACUGUUGGGUGGGGGGAGACCGACCGGGCGGCGCAUUGCCACGACGUGGAUGGUGUCUGUUCUUCCCCCUCCACGGAUACCACCGCCGCCCAGCGGGGAUCCUCUCUGGCCCAGCAGCAGGCCGACGGAGCCUACGGUCCCUUCCGUCCCGAGGAAGACCGAGGCUAGAAAGGCAGGUCUGGCAAGCACCUCCACCCCAUGCGGAAGUCAGACCCGCCACGUCUGAAGAUCGAGAGCAGGCCCCCGGCCUGGGAGAGGGGCUCGACCUAUUUCUAGGGCCAGACCCGACCAAACAGACCUAAAAAUGCCGGUCCGCCCAGCCUCGGUGGAGCAGAGGACCGUCCAAACUAUUUACCGUGAUCAGGAGCCCCCGAGAGCGACAGGUCUAAUGAUCGGCCGUUAGAAGCACAGGGGGUCAUCGUGAACGACCUAAUUUCCUGCUUGAAGUUGAACUCCUUAAAUUAACCGUGUAAAUAUUUUUAAAGCAUUUUAUAACACUGUGUACAUGAGCAUUUUAGCGUCUUUCUACAAACUCUGAUCCCCUCCCCGACCCCACCCCCGGUUCUCCCACCGUCUUCGUUCUCAUGAAUUGCCGCCCAUCCGGGGGCGGAGUGAAUGGGCCCGGAUCCCGUUCCCGAACGGCAAAGAUCCCGGCCAUUCAGAUCUUGGGAUUUCUGUCUCUGCGGGGCAGCGGUUCCUUUCCUGGGAUGGCCGUCUAAGGCAAUAGUCUCUGUUGCUGUUACACAUCGAAAUGUUUCAUUUGGGCAUACCGUGGUGCUUUGAUUUAAUAAAAUAAACUUGAAUGGAUUUUCAGAAUGUGAACGAUU